GUUUGGACUCUAAGGGACGCUGUUGGUCAGCAAAACAAUUUCAGUGUCAACACCCAGCCUUUUCCUCCUCCCUCACCACCACAGUUUAGCAUGACAGCGGAGAUUCUGUCCUUCGUGUGAGGAGAGGGAGUGAAGAGGCGAUUAUUUAUACUUUGUCUUUGGAAUAUACCAGGGACACGUUGGUAUCUACAAGCAGUGCAAUAUAUUUGAGCAGGACUACGAGCUCAUAUUUGUUUUCUUCGAGUGAGGACGCUUCAUUCAUCCAAGAGCUAUUGUUUCUGCCAUGGAAGCUGGACACCAAUCCUACGCCAGAAGUGUAAGAUGGCGAUUCCGUUCUAUAUUACGGUAUCAAAUGGGAUUUCUCGUUUUGCUGACGUGUCUUGGCGAUAGAGUGGUCGGGCAGAUUCGUUAUUCUAUUCCGGAGGAGAUGAAAAAGGGCUCCGUUAUAGGCAAUGUGGCGCAAGACCUCGGUCUGGAUCUGAGGAGGCUCCGCUCUGGCCGGGCCCGCAUCGUUAGUGGGGAGAACAACCAGUACACCGAGCUGAACACAGACAAAGGGAUUCUGGUCGUCAAUGAGAGAAUAGACCGAGAGCAGCUGUGUGGAGACGUGACGCCAUGCAGCCUCAGCUUCGAAAUCAUUUUAGAAAACCCAAUCGAGCUUCAUCGAGUCACUGUCGAAAUUUUAGACAUAAACGAUAACACCCCUUUCUUUCCAAAUAAAGACAUCCAAUUUGAACUGAGCGAAUCUGCGACGAUCGGAGCCAAAUUUCCCGUUGAAAGCGCAGUUGAUCCUGACGUUGGACUGAACGCGUUACAGAAUUACAUUCUGUCUCCCAAUAAUUAUUUUGUUCUGAAACAACAUGCGAAUCCAGACGGCAGUAAAUACGCUGAGUUGGUGCUUCAGAAGCCAUUAGACAGAGAGGAACACCCCCGUGUCCUUCUGAAAUUAAUAGCUGUCGACGGUGGAAACCCACAGAGAUCAGGUACGGUGGAUAUAAAUGUGUCUGUUAUAGAUGUAAACGAUAAUGCUCCUGUAUUUAACCAGUCCGUUUAUCGGGCCACCGUCGUUGAAAAUGCUCCGAAAGGAACUUACAUUACGACCGUUAACGCCACUGAUUUAGACAUCGGUAGUAACGGGGAAAUAAUGUUCAGUUUCUCAAAAAUAAGAGGCAACACAGUGGAUAUGUUUAGUAUUGAUGAAAACACAGGUGUCAUAUCAGUAGCUGGACUUAUAGACUUUGAAAAAGAGAAAAAAUACGAGCUUAGGUUAGAGGCAAGGGAUCGAGGAGGUCUGACUGGGACCAGUAAAGUUAUUAUUGAUGUUAGUGACGUCAAUGAUAAUGCUCCAGUUAUUAAUAUCAUGUCAUUUUCUAAUACAGUAUCGGAGGAUGCCCCUCUCGGCACGACAAUAGCUGUAAUCAAUGUCAAAGACGCUGAUUCAGAGAAAAACGGACAGAUAAAAUGUACAAUAGACAAAACGCUUCCGUUUAAAAUCCAGUCAUCAUUAACGAACUACUAUAAUUUAGUGGCGGAUCAACAUUUUGACAGAGAGACGACUUCUGAAUACGAGAUUACAAUCACAGCCACCGAUUCAGGUUCUCCUCCUCUUUCUAGCUCCGUCACGCUGCAGCUUAGAGUCUCUGACAUCAACGAUAACGUUCCGUCGUUCGACAGAAACGCAUAUUCUGCUUACGUCACGGAGAACAAUUCGCCUGGAAUGUCGAUCACCUCCGUUAGCGCGCGAGACUCUGACUGGAAUCAAAACGCGAGAAUCUCAUAUUUCCUGGAGGACACGCAGAUCAGCGGCAAUCCAGUGUCCACCUACGUGUCGAUAAACUCUGAAACUGGGGUUUUACAUGCGGUGCGUUCUUUUGAUUAUGAGCAAAUCAAACAGCUGCAGCUCGUCGUCAAAGCGCAGGAUGGAGGCUCUCCUCCACUCAGCAGUAACGUGAGUGUGAAAAUAAUGAUCCAGGACCAGAACGACAACCCUCCUCAGGUUCUGUACCCGGUCCAGACUGGAGGCUCUGUGGUGGCUGAAAUGGUGCCUCGUUCAGCAGAUGUGGGCUAUCUGGUGACUAAAGUGGUGGCUGUUGAUGUGGACUCUGGACAGAAUGCCUGGCUCUCCUAUAAACUGCAGAAAGCCACAGACAGGGCGCUGUUUGAAGUGGGCUUACAGAAUGGAGAAAUCCGAACUAUCCGCCAGGUGACUGAUAAAGAUGCUGUGAAACAGAGACUGACUGUUAUAGUGGAGGACAACGGGCAGCCCUCUCGUUCAGCUACAGUCAUUGUUAACGUGGCGGUGGCCGACAGCUUCCCGGAAGUGCUGUCGGAAUUCACUGACUUUCCUCACGACAAGGAGUACAAUGACAACCUGACUUUUUACUUAGUGCUGGCUUUGGCUGUAGUGUCCUUCCUGUUCAUCACGUGUUUAGUGGUUAUUAUAUCAGUGAAAAUCUACAGAUGGAGACAGUCUCGCGUCCUGUAUCACUCCAGUCUCCCUGUGAUUCCAUAUUAUCCUCCACGUUACUCAGACACUUUGGGGACAGGGACUCUCCCACACGUGUACAACUACGAGGUGUGCAGGACGACUGACUCCAGAAGGAGUGACUGUAAGUUCGGCGGAGCUGGUAGUCAGAACGUGUUGAUAAUGGACCCCAGUUCUACAGGGACGAUGCAGCGGAUACAGAGUGAGAAGAGCAUCCUGGAUGAACCAGACUCUCCUCUAGAGGUGGGUUAUUUUGUCCUUCACCCUCCUUAACCAACCUUCAGUGCU